ACCUACCUACUUUACCUAUCUUGUUUCCGCCCCAGUCGGCCUCUCCUUUGCCCGAGAGCAGCACACUCAUCUAGCAUUUACUCUUAGGCCUGCCAUAUAUCUGUCAUCAUCAUCGACCGCGACCGCGACUCGCGCACGCCAUCGAUUCUCACCAUGUCUCGCAACGGCACCACUCUCUACGUGACCGGGUUCAGCCACGGCACCCGCGCACGCGACCUUGCCUACGAGUUCGAGCGCUACGGCCGUCUUGUUCGCUGCGACAUUCCUGCUCCUCGUAGUGCCAGCAGCAGACUUUUUGCUUUCGUUGAGUACGAGGAUCGUCGAGAUGCCGACGACGCGUACCAUGAUAUGCACAACAAGCGCAUUGGCCGUGAUGACAUCCUGAAGAUCGAGUGGGCUCGCACUCCUCCCUCUGCUUCUUGGCGCUUUGACCGCAGCGAUCGUGAGCGUGGUCCUCGUGGCCGCGACCGCUCACCCCGCCGCCGCUCUCCUAGCCCCAGGCGCAGCACUAGAGACUACUCCCCUAGGAAGGAUGAUCGUCGUGACCGCGACCGCGACCGUGACUACGACCGCGACCGCCGCGAUACUCGUGACCGGUCUCGCAGUCCUGAGCGUGAGCGUGAGCGCGAUGUUAAGGACGAUCGCGACCGCGAGGACCGUGAUCGUCGCGAGAACGGCACCAACGGUGACGACAGAAAGGCCAUCGAUAGCCCGGAGAGACCUGCCCACGAUGACCUCGACGUUGCCGAGUAAACGGAUCAACAUACUCACGGCGCGGGGUCACUCCGGUUUUGGCGCCAGUCACUCAAGCCCCGCCUUUGGUGUUGGCAUGUUCUGCAUAUGGCGUGCUGGCUAUAUGGCGCCUCCUGCCUGAUUUUUUCCAAUUCUAGAAUCCAGACGAAGCGGUCGAUCGGGUCCUCUUGAAAACCACACUCGCCAUUUCGACCAUUCGGGAGCUACAAAAUCUGCAAGGUUAAUCCUUUUGUACGAUGGCACACUGCUGGUUUGGAUCCAUUAUUCA